UUUUCGGUUUUCGUUCUUACAACGCUGUCAAGGAUUAACUUUCUAAUCACAACCUUCCCAAACAUAAAAAGUACGACAUGAUGGUAGGGUGGACUUCGUCAUUCCAGCUUCUGCUUUCGGCGAUGGUUGUAGCUACCCGAGCAUCAGCGUUCACUGCUUCCUCGUCGCCGUUCGCCAUUAGAUCAUCCGCCGCGUCUAGGACGAACAGUAUGGCAUCUGCGGGGGACACGCCAGAAACGCUUCCGGAAUUUGCCAACGCCGAAGAUUAUCUGAAAUACUUAGGCACGGUUAGUCAAUUGCCUCUUGGAUUUGCAACUGGAACAGCCGACGGGACGUUCAUUUCCGUUGAAGCACCAGGAUUGGGAAAUUUGAAAAUUCGAGCCACCGUCAUUCAAUUAACCGAGGGGCCUACGGAGAAUUGGGCUGCGUGUUUUACGUCCAACAAGGUAGGUCUGAAACAUCAGUACGCUUGAUAUGACACUUCAAGUAAAAUAAAUGGCGAAAUACAGUGUGCGCGACAAGUUGAAGAUAUAUCCUUCUGAUUGAUUUCCAAAUUUUUAUUAUCGUCUUUUGUUUGUCGACACUGACUUGCAGUUCCCUGGAGCUCCCAUUAAGGUGGGCCGAAAGCGUCUCGAGGCUGGUGGUCCAAUUGAAGCCCUCGUUAUUAAUAACAAGGUUUCCAAUGUUUGCUCUGGAGGUGACGGAGAAGCCGAUGCUGAGAUGGUAUGCGAGGCAGUUGCAAAAGCGUUGAAUCUCGAAUCAAAAGAUUUGGUGUUACCUUCCAGUACUGGAGUCAUUGGAUGGCGUCUUCCCGCAAAAGAAUUGGCGACAGAAGUUGUUCCGGAAGCCAUCAAGAACAUGCAAACGGAUUCUGUGUUGAAUGCUGCCGAGGCCAUAAUGACUACAGACAGAUUUCCAAAGGUUCGAAGCAUUACCCUUUCUAACGGAGCCAGGGUUGUUGGGAUCGCCAAAGGUGCGGGAAUGAUCGAACCGAAUAUGGCAACCAUGCUCUCUUAUAUAUUAACUGACGCUACUGUGCCAAAGGAAACGCUUCAGUCUAUGUUGGGAUCCGUUGUGAACGAUACGUUCAAUUGCAUGUCCGUCGAUGGUGAUGAAUCGACUUCGGACACUGUCGUGUGCUUGGCAUCAAAUAAAAUUUCAGAAGACAUCGAUCUAAAGGAGUUUGAAUCCGCCUUGAAAACUGUCAGUGAAGGACUUGCCGCCGACAUUGUCCGAAACGGAGAGGGGACCUCCCACGUGAUGCGUGUUGUAAUCAGCAACUUCCCCGGGACGAAAAAAGAUGCACGAUUCCUUGGACGACACAUUGUCAACUCUCCUCUUUUCAAAUGUGCCGUUGCUGGAAACGAUCCCAACACAGGUCGAUUGGCGGGUGCAAUUGGAUCGUACAUGGGAAAAUACAUGCCGGACGCAGACACUACCAAAAUGUCGCUGACACUUGGAGGACGAUCAAUUUUCACGAAAGGAAAAUUUGUCUUGGAGGGCGACAAAGUGGAGAAAGAGCUGAGCAAUCACAUGAAGAAUGCAGAAUAUGGUGAUGACACCCAUUUUCCUCCGCACCAGCGAUUUGUAGAAAUCGGGGUUGAUUUUGGCAUCGAGAAUACCGACUUCGAGGAUGUCAGCGUGCUGGGAAGUGAUCUAACGAAAGAAUAUGUUGUGAUCAAUGCUGACUACAGAAGUUGAUGGUAAACCACAUGUAUGCCGGACGUGUUCAAGACUUGAAUACAAAAAUUCAAUGCUC